CCAGGGGUUAAUGAGUGGCCAAUCAAGAAUAGUACUCAACAAUUUUAAACUUGGACUGGUGCAGUACUCUUUAGUUAUUGGAAGAAGCCAGGAGAAUUAUACCUAUUUAUUUAUCUUUUUCUCCUGAAACUAGUAGAAUGAUUGGCCAUUUAAUUAGUCAUUAAGUAGAUUUCCAGGUUAUGCAUGACCAAUCCCUAGUAGCAGUGGACUUUAUGAAUCAAACAAGCAAAGAUGUUUAUACGUGGGAGUUUCGAAAGAUCUUUGAUAUGGAAAGGCACUGCCUCAGAAGGUGGUUUGGUAAGAAGAAGAAAAUGGAAACGGUUGACAGCAUAGCCAAAAAAUGGAAGCAUCUGAGUGGCCAAAAUAACUGGGAGGGCUUGUUGGAUCCUCUAAACAUUGAUCUGCGGAGAUACAUUAUUCACUAUGGCGAAAUGGCACAAUCUACUUAUGACACAUUCAACACCGAGAAGGUUUCUAAAUAUGCUGGAGAUAGCCUGUAUGCAAAGAAAGAUUUCUUCUCCAAGGUGGGGUUAGAGAAUGGCAAUCCUUACAAGUACAACGUCACCAAAUUCUUGUAUGCAACAUCUGAAAUCCCGGUCCCUGAUGCAUUCAUCAUAAAGUCAUUAUCGAGGGAAGCCUGGAGCAAGGAAUCAAACUGGAUGGGGUACGUUGCAGUGGCCACAGAUGAAGGAAAGGCAGUGCUAGGGAGAAGAGACAUUGUGAUUGCUUGGAGAGGAACGGUACAAACCUUAGAGUGGAUUGAUGAUUUUGAAUUUAUUUUAGUCUCUGCAGAUAAGAUUUUUGGUGAUGAUCAUAAUGUUCCCAAGGUGCACCAAGGUUGGUACUCUAUCUACACCUCUGAUGAUCCACGUUCUGCCUUCAAUAAGAGCAGUGCCAGAUCCCAGGUACUUCAGGAAGUUAGCAGACUGGUGGAGAAGUUCAAGAACGAGGAAAUUAGCAUAACUAUUACUGGCCACAGCUUAGGUGCAGCAUUAGCCACACUGAACGCAGUUGACAUAGUUGCCAACAGGUACAACAGGCCGAAAGGCCAGCCAAAUAGAGCUUGUCUAGUCACAGCCAUUGUAUUUGCCAGUCCUCGCGUGGGUGACUCAAGAUUCAAGCAUGUGUUUUCUGGGUAUCAAGAUCUUCGAGCCUUACGUGCUAGGAAUAAUUUAGAUGUAGUUCCUAAGUAUCCACUAAUAGGCUAUGCUGAUGUUGGAAAAGAGUUGGCAAUUGAUACUACAAAAUCUUACUUCUUAAAGAGCCCUGGAAAUGUGUCAAGUUGGCAUAAUUUAGAGGGUUAUCUGCAUGGAGUGGCAGGAACACAAGGGAGUAAAGGAGGGUUUAAGUUGGAGGUCAAUCGUGAUAUUGCACUUGUUAACAAAUCGAGUGAUUGCUUAAAGAAUGAAUAUCUUGUGCCAGUUUCAUGGAGGAUUCAGAAGAAUAAAGGCAUGGUACAACAACCAGAUGGUUCUUGGAAGCUGAUGGACCAUGAGGAUGAUGAAGACUGAAACUGAUUUAAUUAUUAUUAUUAUUAUCUUGCAGUUCUGCAUUAUUGGGAAUGGACCGGAGAAGAACAAUUUUUUUCUUCAUUUUUCUGGUUUUGUGAUCUAUACAAGAACAUUACCUUUUCAUGGCUUGAGUUAUAUAUCUUAAAAAGGUCCUA